GAAACGAGUGACGAAGAAGCGCAGUCGAACGAUAACAUUGAGAGCGGUAGACAGGUGGUGGGUCCUCACGCGUGUGCCAUCUGUCAGACCAUGGUCGAAGGAGGUUCACAGAGUCGGGCUCUGUCGCGUAGCCAGGCCUCGCUGUACGGACUUCGAGAUGAUCAAAUUCAACCGGGUGCGAGAGUCUGCAACACCUGUCGAUGCAAAGCGGUCCGUGGACGUUACACGGCUUGUCCUUUGCCCGGUUGUCCAAACUUGAACAACGCCAAUUCCGCCAAGACGAGAGUAAAACGAUUGAGAGCGCUCCCACCCAAAUGGCUCGAUCUUCCACCGGAAAUCCGUGAUCCCGUUGUUCAGGAAUUCCAAAUUCCGAACAACGCGACGAAAUGUUGCUCGGCCUGUUUCAAUCGAAUAUCCCGGCGUUUGGCCCCGCAUCUCAUUGGCGGCGGUACGGAUGCCUCGGACGAGAGUAUCGACUCAUCGGCAAGAUCGUCAUGGAACGACGAAGAGCUCAAACAGCUGAGAAGAGCGCUGCGCGAACACGGAACGAAUUGGCCAAAAGUAUCCGAACAAAUACCCGGCAAGUCGAACCAUCAGUGCAAAAAUUAUUACCUAACUUAUCGCAAGAAGCUAGGAUUGGAUCAGGUCGUUGCAGAGUAUUAUCAAUCAUUGGGAGAGGAGAGAAGGCCCUGUCUGACGGACGAAGAGGAGAGCGGUAGCAGUACGAGUAGUUGCGACGAAUUAGCCGUCCACGAUUCGAGCGAUACAGCGAGUGCUGGAAGUCCGAUAAACACAAUAUCGAGUAGUACGCCCUCGUCUCUUAUACCUACGGCCGCUUCAGCCACGAUAAAAGUGGCAUUUCCCUCGGAAAAUGUCUCGGACAUACGGAUCUCUCUGGUACCACCGUCAUCUAACGUGGGAUCUCUCCAGCAACAACCACCGACGACGAGCGUCACUCAGCCGAUCUCCAAUCGAGAGGAUUAUGAUAGCUCCGCUACGGAGACGGCGGACGAAGGUCAAGGUGGUACGGAUAUUGAUAUUGGUAACGGCGGAACACUCGUCGUGCCGAGUAUAAUUCAGCAGCAGCAACCAGUACCGACAUUGCCACCGCCACCACCGCCGGUCGAUCAUUCGCCACCGGCAUCAUCUACCGCGACCACCACGACAACACCAUUGACAGUCAAAGACCUUAUGAGCAACGUCAUUGAAAGACAAUUGAAGAGGAAUCCUAAUAGUCCGGCGGGGACCGUUGGUUCUUCGAUACCCGGAAGUUCAGGAACACCAACGAUAUCGAGCAUCCUUAAAUCGGACCAUCGAAAUGACAUAACAUUCGUUCGCGAAUAUAAACCAUCCUCGAGCCUGUCUUCCACUGCCAUGUCCAACAGGGAUUCGAAUCUCGCUACCCUGUCUGUAGUUUCCGUUCCUCAUCAUGGUCAUCGUUCAACGGUCGCCAGUCCUCAGCAUUUGGGUCAGAUGCAAGCAACCAUCACGCCCUGUCCACCGGCUUCGAGCGUGCAAUCAUCGGACUUGUUGCCGAAAGAGGGUCUCGUAGUAAUGCAAGUACAGCAGGCGCUUCGGGAAACCGAGGGCACGCUGGAUCUAAGCAUAAAGAAACCUCGUCAACAGCAGGAUUACAAUCACGCUCUGCAACAGGCGCACAAGCCUCAAUCGGUCACGGUGUAUCGUCCGGAGCCACCUCCGCCGCCACCUGCGCCAUCCGGAGCUUACUACCAUCCGCAUCAACAUCCCGGAGAUCAGGGUCGCGGAGCCAAAAGUCCACUCGUCUACUCGUCAUCGCCUCGACCUCAAGCUCCUAUAACACCGAAAAUCAGUAAAGUCUCAGCUUCGUCACCUCAUCCAAAAUUGUCACCCAAACUCAGUAGCAUUGGUACCACGGCAGCUCACAAAGGUGGCUCAAUAACCCACGGUACACCUGUACAACCGUUUACCGUCGAAAAAAGAGUCUACGAGGGCCUCUUGCGUCAAAUGACACCGCCCGGUAAUGCAGGCUCUCUUGUUACCGGUAAUCAAACCGGUUCCAAGGAACCGGCUGGCUCGAUAACACAAGGUACUCCUGUUUCCUCUUUUACCGUUGAAAAGCAGCAACAGCAGCAGCAACAACAGCAGCAGCACGUAUUCAUUUCGGACUAUCAUCGUCCAGGUAUGAGGCAUUCGCAGCCAACGACAACCGGCAACGUAAGAAAUACCAAUCAGGGACCGGGUGUUGUAGUUACGCACGGUGGUAAUCAAUACAACUCGUAUACCCCUCGUCCACCACCGAGUUAUACGAUGGAGCAACAGUUAUCGUCCCGCCAAAUUAUUAUGAACGAUUACAUAACUAGCCAACAAAUGCACGCGAGAAGUCGUAGCGGUGCAUCGGUAGCGGAAAGUCCGGUAAAGAAUGAGGUAGCAUCACCCUCACAAUCGUCUACGAUGUAUUACACAGGUACACCACCACCGCCACCGCCACCACCACCACCACCGCCACCGCCACCUCCACCGCAAUCACAUACGCAACCUCGUCAAGGAGUUAUUCAGAGGCAUAAUCCCCAAAAACAAAUGCAUUACCCACCACCGCCAGCAGGUCUCGAGGCUUUUUCGAGUCUGGUUGAUGUUGCUGUGCAACAACCGAGUCUUCCGGUGCCUCAUCCUCAUGGCCAUACCCCUUCGGCGAGUGGUACCAGUAGUGGUCAUGAGGGACUUGGUAAAACAAUGGCUGAUCGUUAUGUCGAUAAUGCACGGGCUUUUCGCGAUCAGGACUGUCUAAGACUGCAGGAACAUCGUUUGGCGAUGCAACAACAGGCUGAGCACCAGAUGGCCGCUGUUCAUCGUCAACAUCAACAUCAGCGUGACAGAGAACGAGAGCGAGAUAUUGCCCAUAUGCGGGAGAAGGAGGAGCAGAGAAUUCAGCGUGAAAAAGAUAUGCAUCAGUUUGAGCAUCGCAUCUCGGUCCAACAACAACAACAACAGCAGCAACAACAACAACAGCAACAACAACAACAACAACAACAACAACAACAACAACAACAACAAACACAGCAACAGCAUCAUCAUCAAAGAGAAAAAGAGCUGCAGCAAGAACAGCAACAUCGUAUAGCGCAGCAGCGUGAAAAGGAGAUGCAACAUGUUGAGCAUCGAAUAUCAAUUCAGCAGAGAGAAAAAGAUAUACAGCAGCACAACGAUCACCGUAUGGGCGUGCAUCAACAACACAGAGAAAAAGAAAUUCAACAUCAGAUAGCUGCUGCGGCUGCGGCAGCACAGCGAGAGAAGGAACAUCAGGAACAUCGUAUAGCGGUGCAACAACAGCGAGAGAAGGAAAUACAACAGCAACAACAACAGGAGCACAGAUUGGCGGUCCAACAACAACGAGAGAAGGAAAUGCAGCAACAACAUGCCGAACAUCGUUUGGCGGUUCAGCAGCAACGAGAACGGGAUCUUGCUCACCUUCAUCAGCAUCAACAGAUACAACAACACAUUCAGGUGCAACAACGAAUGGAGGCUGAAAGACGUCAUCUAGCUCAAAUGUAUCGUGAUCAGCAACAUCAACAGCUCGACAGGGAUUCAUCGAGAAUUUUAACCAGCGGAUUUUCGCAAACAUCCAGGCAUCCGCAACAACAACAACAGCAGCAGCAGCAGCAGCAGCAGCAACAACAACAACAACAACAACAACAACAACAGCAGCAGCAACAACAACAACAACAACAACAACAACAGCAGCAGCAACAACAACAACAACAACAACAGCAGCAGCAGCAGCAGCAACAACAACAGCAACAACAACAGGCGAGCACGAGACAGAGUCAAUCGUCAAAUCAACAACAGAGUGAAUCUACAUCGACGUUAACGGCCGCUAGUCUGAUAGACGCAAUAAUAACUCAUCAGAUCAAUCAGAGCGUUGAAAAUACGAGUGGAACGCCAACCUCGAAUAGCCAACCAACGAGACCGGGCGACCGAUUGUUCCAAAGUUUCCAUCGAGAAAAUCAAGCAGAACCGAAUGGGGUUGCGCACAGUCCAGCCGGUGAUGCGAGUGGUUCGGGAGCUGGAAGUGGCAACAGCGGUAAAGCAAUAACGUUGGGCGAGCAUGUUGAUCACAUCGUCACGAAAGAUUAUGGACCUCCCCAUUCCUCAUAUAGGUCUUACGCGGGAUAUCAAAUGUCCGCCGAGGACCAGUGGAAGCCGAGGAAAGGAUCGGAACCCGACUCGGUUAAAUCCGGCGAUGAAAGACAAAUUAUACGCGUAGCUCAACAACAGCAGCAGCAGCAGCAGCAGCAGCAGCAGCAGCUACAACAACAAAAACAGAAACCACAACAGCAAGCACAGCAACAACAAGCAACAACUCCGCUGGGAAAGCAACAGUUUCAUUCGGUGGAACCCGUUUCGCCGCCGGAAGCAAAUGCUAAUCAUUAUGCUCGACGUUUUUAUGAAGGAGCUACUGCCACGACGACUUCCGGUAAUACCCCAAACAAACCUCAUCUUUCGCCUCUUGAUUACGUGAAAAAUAAAAUAGUUGAAGUAAUGAGGACAUCGGAGGAUGAUAAAUCGGGGGGAGGAGGAGGAGGAGGAGGAAGUGGAGGAAGUGGCGAUCGUAAUGGCGGUAAUAUAGAAAAGGAAGAUAAACAAGGUAGCGUCGGCGUUGCUGAAGGUUCGACGGGUAGUGAAAUGAUUAUGGACGAAAGUUCGAAUCAAACGACCCAGCCACCGCCACCAACGCCGACCAAUUUUUAUCCAUUCAGUGCCCUCGGUGUUCAUACAGGACCACCACCGGCUCCUCCGCCUACGAGCUCUGUCACUGGUGGUGCAGCACCGAAAGUUGAUCAAAUGCAGGCGGAACCGGCGCCUCUCUUGUCUGCUCAGUAUGAUCCCCUCUCGGACGAGGAUUGAAACGAGGCGACACUCUAAGAGCGCGUUAUGAAAUUCUCAAUUUGCUAGAUCACCCGGUGUUUCCGAUCCAGAUUUUUCGACAAAACCCCGACACUCUAGAUGCACCAUGAGCAUACCGUUUUUUUUUAAAAAAAAAUUUUUUUUAAAUAUAUAUGCUUGUAUUUUGUUCAACAUUGAAGCUUCGUUGCAAGAGCUAUCGGUUAACAAGCCGUAGUCAUUACUACCGAACGAUGUCUUGUCAUAUUUUUUCUACGAUGUUGUUGGUUGUUGUUGUUAAAAACUCGACACGCUGUUUUGUAAUGCGAUACGUUUUAAAUGUGUUUUUUAAGCCCGACGAUAAUUCUGUAACGCAUUCCAAUUGUUGCUCGGUCUAUCCCAACGGGUGCUCCGUAUGGGUUUCACAUAUAUAUCCGGCAGAUAUUACGAUGUAAACGGAGCAAACCGGAUAUACCGUAACGGUGUCCGCCAUCAUUCCUUACGACAAGUGGAUUUUUCUUUUUUCGCGAAUCUUUUACUUUUCGUCUUUUUUUUUUCUCUCUCUCUACCGACAGGAAGGAAUACCGUUGCGCAUUAAAUCCAUAAGAUUCAAUAAUCAGUGAUUAUUCACAGUUGUAAUUGAGGGAUAACGAGCGCUCGUAGAACUUUCGCGAGUGUUGCUGCCGACAAGUAUCGCGUGCAGUACGAAUACGAACUUGUUGCGAUGAAAAAUACACAAAGCGGACCCAUGGUACGGGACACGAGUGCGACAAUUUUCUUUUGUAAAUAUAUAACAAGUGAUAAUCGUCAAAAUAAUGAUGCGGUGUUGAAAAUGUGCGUGUUUUUAUUUGCGAAUGGGACAGCGAGUACCGGUGCGAAACAAAACCAGCAGAGAGACUAUUGACGGACAGAGUGAAUUAACGAAGAGAAAAUAGUGCAAGUGCAACUCAUACGCGAUACCAUUAUAUGAACAAAGAUAAUCGUUUGCCGUCUAUGACUACACACACACACACACACGCGCGCGCGCGCGCGCGCGUCCCUCGUUUUCUUUUCGGUGAUGUGGUAAACAAAACGUGUAAUCGUAAGCCACUGUACAUAGUACAUAGUAAUUAGUUUGUAAGCGAGCAAGUGAUUAGAUCGAUCAUUAGUUUAUCAUAGGAUGUAGAAUAAGAAAUUAUAAGCUUAGCGUUUAAGGUUAACGUAGGUAGAGUUUAGAGGAUAGGAAAACCACGAACUGACUAGGGAAACUCUCCCGAGACUCCGUUCUCUCAUUCAUGAAUAAACAAUAAAAAAAAAUUUUUUAAAUUAACAAAAAAGAAAACAAACAAGUUGAAACGAAAUUUGGUUGAAUCAUCAGAGAAAUGAAUGUGAAUUUUAUUUAAUUUUGCUAAUUAAAAUAAAACCGUUAAUUUCCGAUUGUCGAACAAAAACAAUGUCUCGCAUACGACAAAUACACAUGCACGCGCGCACGUGCAGAGAGAGAGAGAGAGAGAGAGAGAGGCGCGCGCGCACGCACGCACGCUCGCCCGCCUGCGUAACAUCCCAUUACUUCAACGAGGUAUUACUACACUUUUUUAUAAAGCCUAAUUUUAUACAUGUACACAACGUGACUUUGGAUUCGUAACUAACUUUUGUCUCCGACUGUUGUUUGUGGCUUUUUAAAAUUCAAUAUGGAUAUUUGAAAUAGCUAUACUUGACUGUUUUUUGAUAGGUACGAGACGCGGUAGUCGAUACCACCUUUGUUGCCAGCUUUGGCAAAAAACGUUUCCUAUUGGAAAAAAUUGUGCUCUUGAGAAAUGGUUGGCAAUUUAUUUAUUCCAUUUCGCUCGAAAUCUUGGAUCCGUUGACCGUUCCUUUUUCACACGAUGAACCUCGACGAUGCUUCAAGGGAAUUCUUCGUUUCUAUUUUUUGGUAAUUGCUUCGUUGCGCGAGCACGCGUUAUUUGAUCGUCGUCACAACGAAACUCGUUGGUCAUUCAUUCCGACCUCUCAACUUCGUAUCCAAAUUAUUGUCUUUCACAAUUGGUUCGUUCUCUCUGUUCGAAUGAUUUCGAAACUUGAAGAAUCGGAGAAAAGAAAAAAGUUUAUUCUUUUUUACUUUCAAAUUGAGAUUGCAAAUGUCGCUAUCGUACCCUUGACUAUUUCGACAGAGUAUAAAAACAGUGUUGCAGCAGAGGAGCGGUGAAGAGCGGAGCGAGCGCUGUGAAUAAAAAAAACGAAAAAAAAAAACGAAAAAAAAAACAAAAAAAAAAAAAUACUGUCAAUGCUUCCAGAGUAAUAAAAAUGAUCUGAUACAAAAGUCGGUGAUUGCGGCGAGCGAGCGAUGUUUAUAAAAAAUUAAGCCAUUCUUAGCACCGUAAGAAUAAAAUAAAAAGAGGACGGCGGGAGAAUAAGAAUACGAACACGAACGAGUGUGAAUCACGCGUCUCUCCGUCGAUGCUCCAGAAAAAAAAUUUUAAAUAACAGAAUAAAAAAAGGAACCCUAAAGACGAUGAUGAUGUAUAAUGUACCUAUUGUAUCGAAUGUAUCUAUUCAACUUGAAAGCUGAUUUAGUUUUCGAUGUUUCCCAUCUCAAUCGUCCACGGACUAAAGGCUGAAUAAAAUAGAUGGGAAAAAAGAAAGAAAAAUAGCAGCGGUCAUGUCGAAGCGAUGGGGGUCGGCCGCGAGAACAAGCCGACACGGAAAUUGUAUCAUAUAUAGACGCGCCGAUACGGCGAUAUUAGAGCGAAAAGAAGAAAUAAAAAACGCCAAACGCGAUAUUAUUGACGAGAGCGAAUAGCUUAAGCGGAUACGAGAAAUGAAAGCAGCAGGGCGUAGACGCGAGCAGGAUAAUAAAUGAGUCGAGAUAUAGGAGGGCGGGAGGGGAGGGAGGGAGGGAGGGAGGGUGCGCGCAUACCACGCCUACGGUGGAACAAGAGGAAAAAAGAAGAAACAGGUGUAGCAUAACACGAUAUAUAAUUAUUAUCAAAACAAUUCAAUGUAAAUUGUUAUUUUUGUUGAAAUAAAAAUCAGCUCCGUUAUGA